AUGAGGGAGGAAGCACCAGCGUAUGAACAUCGGGUUGCGUCACCAUGGCGGAGUGAAUUUGCGGAGGAUAGGUCAUUCGAUCCGCCAUACCGACCUUCAUUAGCGAUAGUUGAUUACAAUAGCUCGGAAAGGAAAUCUGCCGAUCGAGGAUUUUCGUCACGAUUUUCAAGAGAAAACGAAGCAUUGCGUUCCUCAUGUUUCCCUACGAGCCUGGCUGGACCAGCUCUCAAUUGGUUCAAGAAUCUGGCUCAAGGCUCAAUCGCCAGUUUCCAGGACUUAUGCGACAAGUUCAUAAGCCAGUAUUACGGGAAUAAGCGUCCGGCUAAGGAUGUAUCGAGCCUUUUUACAAUGAAGCAGCAUGAGGAUGAGCGGCUCCAAGCUUUUCUCACCCGGUUCAACCUCGUUAAGAGCAUGGUAAUGGAGUGCCACCCGUCCACAGCAAUCCAAGCAUUUAAACUCGCAAUGAAUCGGGGGACGCCGUUCCACACCAGCUUGGUGGUUAAUACGCCAAAGACAAUAGACGAGCUGAACGAGAGAGCUGACGGUUUUGUUCGCCUUGAGGAGGAAGAAGCAGCUAAUUCAAGGAAGACGUCAAUUAUUUCGACGGAGGAGAAGUCCAAAGCCAAAAUCCGGCAAAAACAAGCUCAACCGCAACGUCACCCCUCAUGGAAGGCGGAGAAGAGACCCAGGGAGGAGGAAUCAGUCACUCCACUCAGAAUCACUUUAGUAAGGCUAUACCAGGAGAACAAAGAUAAGUUUCGUCCUCCUCUGCCAAUCAGACUAACGAAUGUAGGAACCUAA